AUGCAGCAAGAAGCUCGUCAUCGUUGGGCACCAUCAGCAAGUAAAACAUUGCCCUCAACUACAACUACAACUUAUAUUGAAACUCUUGAACCAUUUCCUUAUCAAACUCUUAAUAAUAACAAUAAUACAUCAUCAUCAUCUUCUUCUUUCUUUUUACCAUUAACUAUAAUGCCGAACGGACGUGAUCGUACAAGUGAAUUUCAAACAACAGUGAGAACAUUUGCCAGUAGACGCAAUGGACUUGAUGGUCCUCUUCCGACUACAAUUAAUCGUCGUCAACAUCCUCAAUCACCUACGGAACAACGUGGUAUAUUUAUGCAACACGCAAAACGAAUUGGAAACGAUCUAUCACAAACAUUUCUUAAAUUGGAACAACUAUCAAUGAUUGCCAAGCAAUCAUCAUUAUUUCAUGAUAGAACCAUGGAAAUUCAAGAUUUAACAUUAUCAAUAAAACAAGAUAUUGGUAAUUUAAAUCGACAAAUUGCACAAUUACAACAAUAUAUGAGGGAUACGAAUGGUGUGAAAUCGAAAAAUUCACAAACACAUUCCAGUUCAGUUGUUUUCGUUCUACAGUCCAAAUUAGCAACUAUGUCUAAUGAUUUUAAACAAGUUCUGGAAGCUCGAACUCAAAAUUUAAAAGACGAAAAAACACGUCGAGAUGUUUUCUCACGCAAUACAGUUGCAUCAUCUUUAACUGCUGCGCCAUCAAUUGCGAAUGGUCGUCCAUCUGUACUUUUUCGCGAUGAACAACGAACUACUAGUGGAGGUGAUGCAGUUAUUGAUAUGGGCUCAGAUGGAGGACAUCAUUCUUCUAUGAAACAACAAUUACUAGCCAUCGAUGAAACCGAUACAUAUUUGGCAACUCGUUCGGAAGCAAUGCAAAAUAUUGAACAAACAAUAGUUGAACUUGGAGAUAUUUUUACUCAAUUAGCUACAAUGGUCCGACAACAAGAAGAACUUAUCCAUAGAAUUGAUGCUAAUGUGGACGAUGCAACAUCACAUAUUGAAGGUGCACAUACAGAAUUACUUAAAUAUCUUCGUUCGGUUACAUCAAAUCGUUGGCUUAUUAUUAAAGUUUUUGCCGUGUUGAUUAUUUUUUUUCUUAUCUUUAUCGUUUUUCUGGCUUAA